ACAAAAUAUGGUAAAGAGAGUUUCCCAAAGCCUUUUCCAUAAUCAGUACAAGACCCUCGUUUCAUCAACCUCUGACCCCAGUGGAUCAUCAGUAAAUGAGUCCCGAAACAAACAGGAGCCAUGUUUCUAAACGGCCUUAGCGACAGUAACUAAGGGGCGGGGCGCCGUCACAGCGAGAACGCGGAGGCUCCGCGGGAUCCGGAAGUGCUCCGAGACCAGAAUCCAGACUCAGUCCAGGACAACACGGUCCACCAGUCACAGACCUGCAGGACGAUGGAGAACCAGAACCCGGACCACAGGAGCCAAACAGCAGCCUCGUGCUCUGAUAGCACCGAUGUUCAGAAACGGAGAGGAAGAGAAGGACUCAAACAUCACCACUGUCAGCAAUGUGACAAAUCCUUCACAACAUCCGGAUAUUUAAAGAUUCAUCAGAGACUUCACACUGGAGAGAAACUGUACAGCUGUGACCCGUGCGGGAAAACUUUCACUACAUUACGUGGCCUACAAAGACACCGAAGUGCUCACACUAAAGAGAAACCGUAUAACUGUGACCAGUGUGGGAAAGCUUUCUCCACCUCAGGUAACCUGGAAACUCACACGCGAGCUCACACUGGAGAGAAACCGUACAGCUGUGACUAUUGUGGGAAGGCUUUCGCUACAUCAUAUUACCUACAAAAGCACAGACGUGUUCACACUGGAGAGAGACCGUACAGCUGUGACCAGUGUGGGAAAGCUUUCAAUACAUCAUGUGAGCUACUGAGGCACCAACGUGUUCACACUGGAGAGAAACCAUAUAGCUGUGACCAGUGUGGGAAAGCUUUCGCCACGUUAGGUAACCUGGAAAUUCACAGACGAAUUCACACUGGAGAGCGACCGUACAGCUGUGACCUGUGUGGGAAAGCGUUCAGUCGAUCAGGUGACCUAAAAAUCCACCAACGAUUUCAUGCUGGAAUAAAACCGUUCGACUGUGAGCAAUGCAUGAAAGCUUUCACUACAUCAAGUGAACUGCAAACCCACCGGCGUGUUCACACUGGGGAGAAACCAUACUGCUGUAAGCAGUGUGGGAAAGCUUGUACGACAUUAGAUGGCCUAGAAAAGCACAGACGUGUUCAUACUGGGGAGAAGCCGUACCGAUGUGAGCAGUGUGGGAAAGGUUUCAGUCAAUCAAGUGGCUUAGAAACUCACACACGUCUUCACACUGGAGAAAAACCGUAUUGGUGUGAGCAGUGUGGGAAAGCUUUUACGUCAUCAGGUGGCCUACAAUCUCACACACGUGUUCACACUGGAGAGAAACGUUACACGUGUGACCACUGUGCCUUUCACCCCUCCAGCCUCCAGAUUUCUCUUUAGUCUGCAUCUCAGCCUGGACUCCAGAUGAUCAGCGUCCCAGCCUUUUCCCUAGUGUUUACUUGUCCCAGUGUUUUUGGAUCGUUGUUUAGCUUUUCUGGACCAAGACAGUUAAUUGGAUUUGUUGGACUGCCCUCCUCUGGUUUUAAGCUUUGCCUUCCUCCCCAUCCUAUAAGCCUUUAGUAACUUUGAUUUGUUCAUUAAAUCUUUGUACUGCACCA